AUGAACAGAUUGAACCAAUUGUCGGGCCAAUUGAACCCCACCGGUAAGGACGCCAUCAGACAAAAGAACCCCGACGACGUCGUCAUCGUCGGCGCCUACAGAACCGCUCUCACCAGAGGGGGCAAGGGUAAGUUCAAGGACGUCGGCUCCGACUACAUUUUGUCGAAGUUCAUCGCCGAAUUGCUCAAGAAGACCGGGGUCGAACCCAAGGACAUCCAGGACGUUGCCGUCGGUAACGUGUUGAACAAGGGUGCCGGGGCCACCGAACACAGAGGGGCGAUGUUGUCUGCCGGUAUCCCUUACACCGCCGGUUUCAUCGCCAUCAACAGAUUCUGCUCGUCGGGGCUCAUGGCUAUCUCCGACAUUGCCAACAAGAUCAAGACCGGCGAGAUCGAAUGUGGUUUGGCCCUUGGUGUCGAAUCGAUGUCGAAGAACUACGGUGCCGGCGCCUUGCCCACCGUCGACGAACACCUCAUUGACGACCCCGAAAUGCAAAAGUGCAUGAUCCCCAUGGGUAUCACCAACGAAAACGUUGCCGCCAAGUACAACGUCCCCAGAGCCAAGCAAGACGCCUUUGCCGCCAAGUCGUUCAACAAGGCCGAAGCCGCCCAGGCCGCCGGCAAGUUCAAGUCGGAAAUCUUGCCCAUUGAAGCCCUCAUCAACGAAGGCGACGAAGACGACGAAAAGUGGGUCACCGUCACCGUCGACACCGAUGAAGGUAUCAGAAAGGGUGUCACCGCCGAAUCGUUGGGCAAGAUCAGACCCGCGUUCAAGGCCGACGGGGUCACCACCGCCGGUAACUCGUCGCAAGUCUCCGAUGGCGCAGCCGGUGUCUUGUUGAUGAAGAGAUCCGUCGCCGAAAAGAAGGGGUUGCCCAUUGUCGGUAAGUUCGUCCUCUGCUCCGUCGUCGGUGUCCCCCCUGAAAUCAUGGGUGUUGGUCCCGCCUACGCCAUCCCCGAAGUGUUGAAGAGAACCGGGUUGCAAGUCAACGACAUCGACCUCUACGAAGUCAACGAAGCCUUCGCCGCCCAGGCCCUCUUCUCGCUUGAACACGUCGGUAUCCCCUUGGACCGCGUCAACAAGAACGGUGGUGCCAUCGCCCUCGGCCACCCUCUCGGUGCCACCGGUGCCAGACAAUACGCCACCGCGCUUCCUCAAAUGAAGCCCGGUGACAUUGGUUUGUCGUCGAUGUGCAUUGGUUCGGGUCAAGGUGCUGCCUCGAUCUUCGUCAAGGAAUAG